CCCAGGCAGAUAUCUCCAGAUGCACACAGAUUGCACCCCAGAACUCUCUAGGGACUAAAACACGACAGCAGUGCAUUUCAUAUGGAUACUUUGUCAACAUAUAGUUGUGAAGCAAACAGCAUGACAAGCGUGGUGGCGAUGGAGGAUGAUGAAGAGCAGAAAGAGGAGCUGGAGGAGUCGGACAGUGAAGUUGCCCACAAGCAGCAAAAACAAGGGUGGACUCCAUGUUUCUUCUUUAGGACAGAUAAAGAGAUGUAUAAUUACGUCGGGCAGGAGAUUGUCAUCCAGGAAGCUUUUGACUCCUACGCAGGAACGAUAUGGCCGGCGGCUUUGGCUCUCAGUCAGUACUUGGACUCUCAUCGGAACCAGCUGAAUCUCAUGGACAAAGCUGUACUGGAGAUAGGAGCAGGGACGGGCCUGCUGUCCAUUGUGGCAUCGCUCCUCGGGGCUUGGGUGACUGCCACUGACCUUCCAGAUGUUCUGAACAACCUGAGAUUCAACCUGAGCAAGAACACCACGGGACGCUGCAGGCACACACCCCAGGUGGCCCCUCUGUCCUGGGACUACAACCUGGAGCGCACCUACCCCACGUCGGUCUAUCGCUAUGACUACAUCCUGGCAGCUGAUGUGGUCUACCACCAUGACUUUCUGGACGAGCUUCUGGCAACCCUGAAGCACUUUUGCAAGCCAGGGACCACUUUGAUCUUGGCCAACAAGCUCAGAAUGGAAUCUGACCUCAGGUUUUUGGACAAAGUUAAAAGGGUCUUUAGAACAAAGGUGCUGGAAGAAGACAAAUCAUUAAUCAUUUUAAUGGCCACGUGCACAGAAGGUGAGCGGAACGUGGAAGUCGAGGAUCUUCAGAGAGGAGAGGCGACAGGGGUGGAUGGAGAAUUCCAGAUCAAUUCGGAAAAGAAUACCAGAUUUGAUGGGGAAGUCAUUGGAGAGGCUGUAAGAGAACGUGAGUGUGAUAAUGAGGAGACGACGAAACAAUCAGUGAACCCCAGAGCCGAAGUAGUGAAUGAGAUCGUCUCAGCAAAAGAUUUCACAGGAGAAGUGUAUGAGGUGAGACAAACACAGCCUGCAAGAACAGAAGCUUGGGUUCCCAGCCUCAACAGCAGCUUUGGAAAAGAUGUCUACCAUUACACACGACAGGAUAUUGUCAUUCCUGAAGCCAUAGAUUCCUUUGGAAUGGCUUUGAAAUAAUAUAGGGCGGUAUAGCGGUCAUCAUGUCUGUUCCACAGUUGUUGUCAUGUCUGUUUCACAGUUGUUGUCUGUUCCACUGUGGUAGAGCUGCCCAAGGGUGGCAACCUGGAGCGCACUGACCCCACAUCUGAGCAUCAGUACGACUACAUCCUGGCUGCAGAUGUGGUCGACCAUCACAACUUCCUGGUUGAGC